AUAAUGAUAUUAAAUUUAAUUUCAAUAUUAAUAAUAAUUAUUAUUUUAAUAAUUUUAUUCUUAAUUAUAAUCUUAAUUAAUAUAAAAAUAAAAUUUAAUUAUAAUAAAUCAGCACCAUUUGAAUGUGGAUUUGAUCCAUUUAAUAAAUCACGAAUUCCUUUCUCUUUAAAUUUUUAUUUAAUUGCAAUUAUUUUUUUAAUUUUUGAUAUUGAAAUUUCAAUUAUUUUACCAAUAAUUAUAAAUUUUAAAAUUUCCAAUAUAUUUUAUUUCAAUAUUAUAUUCAUAAUUUUUUUUAUUUUUAUAAUUACUACUAUUUUUUAUGAAUGAAAAUUUGGAUCACUAAAUUGAAAAAUCUAA